AUGGGCACGUCUCUGAGACUUCAGCCUCCAUUGUCUCAUAUGAAUGAAGAGACUCUAUCAUGGAUGCAGUCGAAGGUGGAGUCAUGUAUAUUACACAACCACCUCAACCCCGACAAAACCUUCAUUCCCGAUCGACUCAUUAAUGUUAGAGAAAAUCAGUUAAGCUUAGUCCUUACCAAAGAUUUUCAAUUUCGAGACCCAGAAAGCCAUCGAUACAUUGCCUUGACGUACUGCUGGGGCCCGGAGCCUCAUGCAAGUAAACAGCUCAAGACAACCAGAGUCAAUAUCCAUCAGCAUCAGCAGCGAAUUCCAGAACUCUCUUUGCCACAAGUUAUCAAGGACGCCGUGACUGUGACAAGAGCGUUAUCUACCCCAUUUUUGUGGGUCGAUGCAUUAUGCAUUCUCCAAGAUGACACCUCCGAUUGGGACAAGCAAUGUGCGGUGAUGGAACGGAUCUAUGGCAACGCCUACGUGACAGUUGCAGCUGUAUCAUCUCACAAUUGCGAGGAAGGAUUCAUCGAAAGGACAGAUAGAAUCCUACUUCCUGUCAGAAAGAAAUCUGGUGACACCUACGUCUUUGGAAUAUACUCUCCUCUCUACCAAGCCAAUGCGUUUGAAGAAAUACGCUACAGCCCUUGGCUUGCGAGAGGAUGGACCUUCCAGGAACGCAUCGCAUCUAAUCGCAUUCUCAUGUUCUCAAACAAAAACGUCCACUUCAAAUGCAAAUACUUCACACAAUCGAUGGGUUUCCACAGAACGAGAUUUGAAGACCGGCAGUAUAUCAUGCUUGACCGCGUGACUAUCGAUUCGGGCAGCACAGCAGCCAUCUAUCAAGAAUGGAGCAAGACAGUGGCUCAGAUCGUCCCCCGAUUUCACAAUCUUACCCGGAAAACAGAUUUCCUUCCUUCCAUUGCUGGCAUCGCGUCGCUAUUCAGUAAAAGGCUGAACGAUGACUACGCAGCUGGGCUCUGGAAGAAUAGUAUGCAUCAAUCGCUCUGUUGGGCUGUUAGAGUAAGAGUGGUUGACUACGAAGAAAUGCUGAAGAGAUUGAAGUCUCCUUUCCCAUACAUUGCGCCCUCUUGGAGUUGGGCCUGCCAAAGUGACUACUUCUCAUUCGAUAUAUAUCUUUCAGAGCUGUCAGCUGAUUGUCGGCCGGAGUUCCAUAAUCUAGAAAUAGAUAUAGUCUUGCGCGGCGAGUCAGUCUUCGGCAAAGUAAGAAACGCGGCACUUAAUCUUACUUCCAAGGUGUACGUGGGAUCGCCAAGGUUAACAUUGCACCGAGAGACUCCGCCAUUGUUCGAGAAUGAUGGCAUAGUUAGAUUUGACGGGCGGUACUUUGCAGACAUUGAGUCUGACUGCUAUCUUCGUGACAUCUUCGAGUCAAUAGAAGGCCGUGCACUCGCGGCGCCUAUCAGUUUCCUCCUGAUAGGUAGUACCAUUCGACGAGAAAGACGUGCACGGAACUUUCUAUGGAGACAGUCCGACAACUAUGGGUCGUUGAGUGCUUCUACCGUGAGUGCUGAAGGUGGUGGUAAUUUGGAGGAGGGGACCAUAUCCAAAAGGUUGGCUUAUGGCCUGUUAAUCCACCCAACAGGCAAUCCGAAUGAAUAUCAUCGAGUGGGAACAUUCCUUUCGAGCCCUGAAUAUGGUGGGGGUCUGUCGGUCUUUGAUGACAUCGAGGUUAGAACAGUAAGGCUUGUAUAA